AUGACUGAAGAAGCGCAUCAACGCGGGAAAGUCCUCCCAGAACCUGGAAAGCGCAAUAUACUCAUCACUAGCGCUCUACCUUAUGUGAACAAUGUGCCCCAUCUCGGGAACCUUAUAGGUUCUGUCCUUUCAGCCGAUAUUUUCGCAAGAUACUGCCGAGGGCGCAAGAUCAACACCCUCUAUGUCUGUGGUACGGAUGAGUAUGGCACUACGUCAGAGACAAGAGCGCUUGUGGAGAAAUGCACACCACGACAGCUUUGUGAUAAAUAUCACACGAUCCAUGCCGCCGUAUAUGAUUGGUUCAACAUCAGUUUUGACAUUUUUGGCCGAACGACAACUGAGUUGCAGACAGAAAUUACUCAUGAUAUCUUCCUCAAGCUCCACGAGAACGGAUUUUUGAAAGAGGAGAUGACGACACAACUUUACUGUCAGGAGCACAAUUCAUUCCUUGCAGAUCGUUUUGUUAAGGGAGAGUGUCCACACUUCACCUAUGCAGAUGCUCAUGGAGAUCAAUUCACAAAGGAAACCAAACAUGUUUUCCUGGAAUUGGAUAAGUUGCAGUCCGAAAUCGAAUCCUUCUGCCAAAAAUCCUCGGCGGACGGUGCGUGGUCCAACAAUGGCAAAGUGAUCACAUCCGCGUGGCUGAAGGAGGGCUUGAAACCACGAAGCAUUACCAGAGACAUGCAAUGGGGAACUCCUGUCCCUCUCGCGGGCUAUGAAGACAAAGUUAUCUACGCUUGGUUUGAUGCUUGCAUUGGUUAUGCAUCCAUCACCGCAAACUAUACCAGCGAGUGGCAGCAAUGGUGGCGCAACCCAGAUAAUGUCCAACUUUAUCAGUUCCUUGGAAAAGAUAACGUCCCAUACCACACUGUAAUUUUCCCCGGUAGCCAGAUUGGCACUCGGGAGACAUGGACCAAACUCCACCAUCUCUCCACAACGGAAUACCUCACAUACGAGGGCGGAAAAUUCUCUAAAUCCCGGGGAAUCGGCGUGUUUGGAGAUUCAGCGCAAAAAACAGGCGUUGCUUCUGAUGUAUGGCGCUACUACCUGAUCUCUCAUAGACCAGAGACAAGCGACAGUGAGUUCAAUUGGGACUCAUUUAUCAGUGCCAACAACAACUUGUUACUCAAGAAUUUGGGCAAUUUUGUCAGCCGCGUCGUCAAGUUCGUCAACUCCAAAAACUUCAACAACAUUGUGCCGGACUACACGCAAUACCACGAGCCUUCAUUUGACACGUGGAAAGAGCAAGUCAAUGGGCUUCUCACCGAGUACAUCCAAAAACUGGAUGCCGUCAAGGUCCGUGGUGCUUUAUCUACGGUUAUGUCUAUGUCUCAGCAAGGCAAUGUUUUCCUUCAAUCCAACAAUCUCAACAACAAACUUGCGGAGGAAGAACCCCUUAAAUGUGCUGCUGUCAUUGGAAUUGCUGUAAAAUUGAUUCAUCUUCUUGCAUCUGUUCUUUCUCCUUUCAUGCCCGACACUGCGAAAUCGAUGAACGAUCAACUUCGCAUAAAGCCACUACCGAUACCCGAUCAUUGGGACGCUGACUCAAUCAAGCCACAGCACGAAAUUGGCAAGGCGGCUCAUUUGUUCAGCAACAUCAAGCCGGAGAAAGGAGAGGAAUGGCGAAGAAUGUUCGGAGGUCAAGAAGCACAAAAGGUCAAGGAGGAAGAGGCCGCGCGUAAGGCGGCGAAGAAAGCAGCGAUGAAGGGUGGCAAAGCAUCGCAAAAAGGAAUGAAGGCAGACGCCUGA